GGGCAGGCUGACCAAGGUGCCGGAGACCCACGAUGGGAUGUUCUCCCCCUGCUGUAGGACUCGCUGUGUGACCUCAGCUGGGCCUGGGGGUCUGGGCCAACAAUCAGUAUUGCUGACAUGGGCCAAGGAGCCAGAGGCUGUGCAGUGGCUCAGGGUCCGUGAGCCACCGUGGGAGGCCGCAGGACACAGGGUCACCAUGGGGACAGCCACCCAGGGUCCUCUCUGGGCUGCCCUCCUGCUCCCUCUCUUGGUGUUUGGGGUCCCCACAGAGGAGCUCACCUCUGGGGAGGUUGUGGCCUCCACCCCCCAGGGGGGCUGCCAACGGUGCUGUGACUCCCUGGCUCCUGCUGAUGCUGCAGAUGUGUCCCCAGCCUCUCCAUCUGCCCUCCCGUACAUCCUGCCUGAGGUCAGGCCCUACAUUAACAUCACUAUCCUGAAAGGUGACAAAGGGGACCGAGGCCCACUGGGUGCACCUGGGAAGCUGGGCAAGGAGGGUCCCCCAGGGGACCGUGGCCCACAGGGCACCAAAGGCUCUAAGGGGCAGGCGGGCAGCCCGGGUGCCCCGUGCCAGACACGCUCCUCGGCCUUCUCGGUGGGCCGCAAGACGGCCCUGCACAGCAGCGAGGGCUUCCAGCCACUGCUCUUCGACACAGUCUUCGUGAACCCUGACAGGCACUUCGACAUGGCCACCGGCCACUUUGUCGCCCCCCUGCACGGCCUCUACUUCUUCAGCCUCAACGUGCACAGCUGGAACUUUAAGGAGACCUACGUGCACGUCAUGCACAACGAGGUGGCGGCCGUCAUCCUGUACGCACAGCCCAGCGACCGCAGCAUCAUGCAGAGCCAGAGUGUCAUGCUGGCCCUGCUGCCCGGUGACCGUGUCUGGGUGCGGCUCUUCAAGCGCGAGCGUGAGAACGCGGUCUACAGCGAUGACGUCGACACCUACAUCACCUUCAGCGGCCACCUCAUCAAGCCCGACGAUGACUGAGUGCCUCCAGGUCACCCUCCCAGCUGGGCAGGUCCUGUCCUUUGCAGGGCUCGGUUUGCAUCUCUGUAAAGGGGGGAGGCCAGAUAGGCCCCCCGGGCCUGGCACUCCAGGGGCGCCCUGUUCUUUCCUUACCACCUUCAUCCCUCCCAGUCUGUUUCUGCUCCUCUCUGGGACAUAUUUUAGGAAGCUUUCUCACCUAAAUAUUCUAGAACGCUCCUCACCUUGUAGCACUUUGCACACCUGAAUGUGCUCAUGAACCACACAGGGCUCUUGCUAAAAUGCAGAUUCUGAUCCAGCAGGUCUGAGCAGGCCCAGGAGUCUGCAUUUCUAGCAAAUUCCUGGGUGACACUGAUGCUUUCUAUGAAUCACACUUAAGUAACCACGUUCUAGAACUUUCCCAACAUCCUAGUACUUUCUGAACUUUCUGGAAUCUUCCAAACAUUCUAGAGUUCUCCCCUUACUCUAGGACUGCCCCUCCCGUUCUCGGUGCCCCACCCCUCUUUCUGUCUCCUCUGCGGCCACCGUUCAUUUCCUCAGUCACCCAGCACUGAGCGAGCCCUCCGUGUCUAGCCCAGGAAGCAGGAGGUGAAUCAGACUAGACCUUCCCCACCCUCAGGGAGCACCCUAUCCAGCCCGGGCGGGGAGAUAGAUGGGUGCACAGAGAACAAAUGGCUGUCCUUGUGUUCACAAGGGCAGGCCUGUGUCUGAGUGCUCAUCCUCCGCAGGUCUCUCAUAACCCGCUGCUCCCAUCCCCACAGUAGUGGGGGUACCCUCUUCCCAUUCCUCACCCUCCUGCCCAAUGCCCCUCAUUAAAGCAAACCCUGGAGGGUCCUCAGUCAGGUCAAGGGCCCCGUGAGAAGAGAAACAAGGUGUUUGGAGACGUUUAGGGGUGAUGGGGGGGCCCUGGGGAAUGCAGCCCAGACUCCCAGUUCCCCACAUAGCUGCAAAGACUCCCGCCUUCUGCACCAGCUUCCCCUUCCUACCUCCUCCUAGGGCACUGCCAGGGCCUUGCUCAGUCUCUCCUACCGAAGGUAUCUAAGCCUCAGUUUCCCCAGGACUUCUAGCCACUGUCAGACACAAUGUCUGUCCCCAGGUGCUCUCUGACCCUCCUCGUCCCUCUCACCAGCCCACUGUCCCUAACUGUCCAGGCUUUAUCAAGGUGCUGAGGCCCCAGUGGGCAGCUGCACCCACCUCUGGCCUGGUGUGGCCCUUUAUCACCAAGAAGUGGUGGCCAGGACAGGAGGCACAAGGCUUUGGAGCCCUCAGCAGGCAACAUUCCAGGUCAUCCAGGGGUCCUCUUCUGAGCUAUGAUGUCAUGUUAGGCACCAGGAGAGGCCAAGUCAAAGAGGGGACAGCAGCCUCUGUGUCUUCUUCCUCUCCCAGCAUGGGCGACCUGGUGGCCCCCAGCCUUCCUCUCCCCUUCCCCAGGCAGCCUGACCUUCGUCGAGAGGGGUGGCUGCCAUCCAUUGGUGCUUCUGCAGACUCUGGGGCGCAGGGGCCCCAGAGGGUGGUCUCAGGUGCUCACAGCCAAGGGAGCCAUGGCCACAUGGCCAGGCGAUUGGAGCAGGGCCUGACCCAGUGCCCAGAAGACUGGUGCUAUAAAACCUCCCAUCUGCCUGUGCCCCUGCCCUGCUUGUCCAGCGUGAUUAAAGGAUGCUGUGUCCUCUUGGCAAUCCAGACCGGUUCUUUCUGCUUGGCUCUCUUUGCCUACUCUGGGAGGGUGGCUGGUCCUGGUCCCUCUGGGGCCAGGAUCUGGUGCUCCAAAGAGACAGAGGGCAGCCCAGGACUCCACUCUGUGUGCUCCCUACUCUGAAAGAAACC